AUGUCGGGCGCCCGCCUGGCCCUCACACUGUGCGUCACUGAAGAGCGAGAAGGUUCCAAGGCGGAUCUGGACGCCCUGGAGCGCAUGUUCCGCCAGCUGAGAUUUGAAAACACCACGAAGGAAAACCCCACUGGGCGGCAAUUUCUAGAAGAGAUGAAAGCAUUCCAGGAGACCCUGGACGGCUGGGCGGAGCCGGUCAGCUGCGCCUUCGUGGUGCUCAUGGCCCACGGGGACGAGGGGCUGCUCAAGGGGGUGGACGAGGAGAUGGUGGAGCUGGACAACCUCUUUGAGGCCCUGAACAACAAGAACUGUGCGGCGCUGCGGGGGAAGCCCAAGCUGUUCAUGGUGCAGGCCUGCCGGGGAGAACACAGGGACCUCGGUGAAGCCAUCGGCGGGGACCAGGUGGCCGUGAUCGAGCAGGAGCACCCCCAGACCAUCCCGACGUACACGGACACAGUGCACGUCUACGCCACCAUGGAGGGGCACAUCGCCUAUAGGCAUGACAAGGAUGGCUCGAGCUUCAUCCAGACGGUGGCGGAUGUGUUCACCAAGAAGAAAGGGCCCGUCCUGGAGCUGCUCACCGAGGUGACCCGGCGCAUGGCGGAGGCAGAGCUGAUGCAGGAAGGCAGAGUGAGGAAAGUGAACCCCGAAAUCAUGAGCACCCUCCGCAAACGGCUCUACCUCCAAUGA